ACUUCAAAUUAUAGUUUGGUACACUUUGGUACAUGUACCAUACGAUCGCCAAAAAUCGCCUUUUGAUAACAGGUUUAAAACCGUGGAUUGGGUUCCUGACGCCAAGCCACGGAGUUGUACAUUUGUUUAAAUUAAAGAUAAUAAUAAAGAAAGUGGUGUAAAACACCGACAAUUGUCCAAAAAUAUUCACUACGCACAUCCAACCGAUAUGGCUGAUGCAAUCCAACUUGUGCUUUGCUUUAACAGCUAAGGCUUUUAAGCAUGAACCAACACUUCUUCAUCCCCCUGCUAGUGAAAGACCAAACCUUGAAUUGAAUUAAGAUCAAGAUGAGAUACGCUCAGUUAAUAAUGGGACCAGCAGGUAGUGGCAAGUCCACCUAUUGCUCUGUUAUGCAACAACAUGCUGUUGAUUUGAAAAAGUCGGUGAAUGUUGUGAAUCUAGAUCCUGCAGCUGAAUAUUUUGAUUAUGAGCCUGUAGCUGAUAUAAGAGAUUUAAUUCAAUUGGACGAUGUCAUGGAUCCUGAAGAUGGUUAUGGUUGUGGGCCUAAUGGUGGACUUGUACUUUGCAUGGAAUAUUUAAUUGAAAAUGCAUCUUGGUUAGAAGAGAAAUUGGGUAAUGUGGACGAAGAUUACGUGAUAUUUGACUGUCCAGGUCAAAUUGAGUUAUAUACUCACAUGACUGUGAUACGGCAGCUGAUAAGUAUGCUGCAGAAACUUAAUUUUCGUAUAUGUGGUGUAUUUUUAGUGGAUGUUCAAUUUAUGAUAGAUGCGUCUAAAUUUCUGUCAGGAACUCUAGCUGCUCUUAGUGUAAUGAUAAAUUUAGAAAUUCCACAUGUUAAUAUCCUCAGUAAGAUAGAUCUCUUGUCCAAGAAUGCACGGAAAAAACUGGAUAACUAUUUAGAUCCUGAUCCACAUAAUUUAUUAGCAGAUUGUGAGGAGAAUUUCUGGAAUGAAAAGUAUCACAAUCUUACAGAAACUCUUGGUACAGUUAUAACGGAUUAUAGCUUAGUGCAUUUCUUGCCACUAAAUAUUAAGGAUGAAGAGAGCAUUACAGAUAUUAAAGUGACAAUUGAUAAUACUAUACAAUAUGGUGAAGAUACAGAUGUAAGAACUAGAGACUUUGAAGAACCAUGUGAAGAUAAUGCGAAUUAAUAUUAAAAUAAUAAACUUUUAUCUUUAAAAUUAAAAGGUUUAUUUCAAUUUUAUUGAAAAAACAAAUACAUAUAUAAAAUUUUGAAAAUCAUACAAAAAACGCUUAGAAAACUUCCCUCUUCACAAUGCUCGUACAGCUCGCGCAGCUGCUAUUUACUACUAGCAAGUGUCGCGUGCGCAACGCUCUUGUCACUUCCCAUUAUGCUCUUUCUAGGUGUAGAUUAAAGAUUCUUUUGUUAGAUAAAAUAAACAAUUUUUUCAAAAAACAAAAACUAAUUUAUAAAAAAAACUUUACAUCUACAUCGUAAUUUUUUUAUACAUACAUAUAUUUCAUUUAAAAAAAUAUCUACUUAUCUCUCAAAACAUCAUCUUCAAGCGUAAUUUUUAAGAGCGUAAUUGUUAGAGCAUUCAAACAAUAAAAUAUUCCUAUUGAAUUUUAA